AUGAAUCAAAAUUCAUCAUUAUCUUCAUCAGGUAUGAUGGGAAGUGGUGGAUUUGGAUUUGAUCAAUUUUCAAAUAACUUUUCAAUUAAAACCAAACAAAUUGAAAGUAUUAAUAAAAUGUUAUCAUUGAAAUCUGAAUCAUCAUCAUCAAAUAAUAAUAAUAAUAAUAAUAAAGCUAUAAGUGGUUGGCAAGAAGUUUGGAAAGUUUUAAUUUUCGAUACCCAUUGUUCAAAUAUUAUAGCACCAAUAUUAACUAAAGGUGCAUUACGUAAUCAAGGUGUAACAUUAUAUUUACCACUCCAUUCUGAUAGACAACCAAUUCAAGAUGUUCCUGCAAUUUAUUUUGUUUUACCAACUUCUGAUAAUAUUAAAAGAAUUGCAGAGGAUUGUAAAAAUAAAUUAUAUGAUAAUAUUUAUUUAAAUUUUGCAAGUAAAUUAUCAAAUCAAUUAAUGGAAGAAUUAGCAACAUUAACUAUUCAAUCAGAUUCAGUAUCAAUGAUUAGUAAAGUUUAUGAUCAAUUUUUAAAUUUUAUAUCAUUAGAGAAUGAUUUAUUUGUAUUAAAUAAUCCAAGAGAUAGUUAUUUAUCAUUUAAUGAUACACGUAUAAAGGAUACUCAAGCACAAGAGAAUAUUGAUAUGGUUGUAGAUAGUUUAUUUAGUGUAUUGGUUACAUUGGGCGUUGUACCAAUCAUUAGAGCACCAAAGAAUUCAGCGGCUGAAAUGAUAGCUUUAGCAUUGGAGAAAAGAAUAUCAACAACAUUACAAAGUAGUGGUGGAUCAAAUGUGUUUAGUAAUAUGAAUGAAAUGGGUUCACAAUUAUCAAGUUUCUAUAGACCUGUUUUAAUUCUGUUGGAUAGAAAUGUAGAUUUAUCAGUUUGUCUUCAUCAUCCAUGGACCUAUCAAGCAUUGGUUCAUGAUGUACUAAAUAUGUCCUUAAAUCAAGUUCGUAUCGAUGUAACUCAAAAUGGUCAAACCUCAAAGAAAUCUUAUGGUUUAGAUUCUUCCUCUGAUUCUUUUUGGUCUUCAAAUACUGGUGCUGCUUUCUCAAGUGUUGCUGGUGAAAUUAAAUCUCAAAUUAAUGAAUAUUAUCAACAAAUGGAAAAAUUACAACAAAUUACUGAUAUUAAACUUGAUGAUAGUGAUGAUUUUGAUAAUAAUAAUAAAAAAUCAAAUGAAAAUAAAACAAAAGGAUUAGGUAAUUUAGUACAAGAAAUGGAUGAAAAGAAAAGAUUAAUUGAUAUUCAUACAAAUUUAGCAACUGAUUUAACAAAGAAUAUUCGUGAUAGACAAAUUGAUUGCUUCUUUGCAAUGGAAGAAUCAAUUAUCACUAGAUCAUUAACUGAUAAAAAAGAAUUACACUCUUUAAUCACCUCGCCAAUAGUUGGUGAAACUGGUGGUAGAGGUACUUUAGAGGAUAAAAUUCGUUUACUUAUCAUUUACUUUUUAUCAACUAAAAAUGUACCACAAUCUGAAAUGGAUCAAUAUGAAGAUGCAUUAACUAAAAUGGGUGCUGAUUUAUCAACUUUAGAUUUCUUUAAAAAAACAAAAGCAUUUAAUGAAAGUUUAACAGCAAUUGCAAAUGUUAAUCAAUCAAGUACUCAAUCAAGUAAUACGGCAUCAGGUAAAAUUGGUGGAUUUAUGCAAAUGAUGACAAGUGUAACAGGUUAUCAAGGUGUUGAAUCAUUUACAAAUUUCUUUCAACAAGGUGUUAGAGCAUUAUUACCAAAGAGUAAGGAUUUAUUUGUAACUAGAAUCGUAGAAUCAAUUAUGGAUUUAAAGAAUACUUUGGAUGCUGAUUAUCUUUAUUUGGAUCCAAAGAUUCAAAAUAAAUCAAAUGUUCCAAAAAGAACAACUCCUUUUAAAGAAGCUAUUGUUUUCACUGUUGGUGGUGGUAAUUAUGUAGAAUAUCAAAAUCUUCAAGAUUUUUCAAAGAAACACAAUAAAAAAAUUAUUUAUGGUUCAAAUGAACUAUUAACAUCGAAAGAAUUUUUAAAUCAAAUUAAAAAUUUAAAUAAAAAUUAA